AAUAAGUCAGCAUGUUUUUUUAUUUUACACUACUUGAAUUUUAUCCUUUAGAAUUAUUUCAAAUUCUCUCAAGUCUCAUUUCCAGAAAACAUAAAAAUUCUUUGUUCUAUAUCCACUACUAUAAACUGCAAAUAGAAUUUUAAAUACAGGAGAUGGAAUAAAGAUGGACAAACAAUAUAAAUGAACAAAACUGACAAUGAAAAACAAUGUUAAAUCGGAUAGAAAAUAAUCCCAAUAAUGAUUUUUAUCUUUAUCUAUAAAUUUAUAUUUCUCCUACCUAUUUAAAUUUUGACACUCUUCUCAGCAUUAUACAGGCCAUGUUUUUUUUCCAUCAGAAAACAGAAAAUACUUGUUUUCUGGUGGAAAAAAAAAUUGAAGUUUUACUUGUGUUAUUCUAACUUUCAUUAAUUUAUACAACAGACAUUAAAUUUUUUCCUUCUUUCCUUUAACAGGUAUUAGAAGUAAGAAACAAACUUUUUAAAAAAACACCUCUUCUGGUAAAAAUUUCCCCAGAUACAACAUAUUCAGAAAGAGAAGAUAUUGCUAAAGCUGUGAAAAGAAAAGGGAAAGAAGUUGAUGGAUUGAUUGUAAGUAACACAACUAUUAGUAGACCAGACAAUCUUAUUGAUUUGGUUGAAAAUGAUGGUGGUCUGAGUGGCAAACCCUUAACAAAUAUGUCAACAGAAGCCAUCAGAGAUAUGUUUGUACUUACUGAAGGAAAAAUGUUAAUUAUUGGAGUGGGAGGUGUUUUUACUGGCAGAGAUGCCUAUGAAAAAAUUAAAGCAGGUGCUUCCCUCAUUCAGUUAUACACAGCACUUGUGUAUAAGGGUCCACCUGUUGUUACAGAAAUUAAGAAGGAAUUGGAAGAUUUAUUGAGGGCAGAUGGAUAUGCAAAUAUAAUAGAAGCUGUUGGAGCUGACAUAAAAUGGGGAGAGAGAAAUUUGCCUACAUAAUUUAUUUUUAUUUAUUUGUAAAUAUUGUAAACAUUUGAUAAGCUGUUUUAUAUAAAAGAAUAUUCUCAUAUUUGUAAUUAUAA